GCCCUCUCUUUCUGUCUUGUGCCCUAAAAAAAGGGCCCGCUGCUCUGCUUUUCUCCCCCUCGUCUCCGCAUCCGCAGUCGCACACCCGCCAUUGCAUUCGCAGCACCAGCGCCGCUUCUCCUUCCUCGAGCUCACCCCCCUCUCUUCUCCUAUUCGCUCGCGUGCUCUCUCUCUCUCUCUCUCCGCUGCCUCAGCCGCCCUCGCUGUCGCUGACCCGAGAGAUUCAUUUGGCCGGUCAUGGCUGACGCGUUGUGCAACGGCGUCGUGGCGUCCCCGUGCGGCCGGGACGUCGCCGGCCGGGCCAGGGGCGCCGCCAGGGCCGCGCUCGCGGAGUCCCUGCAGGUCGCCGGGCACGCCAGCAAGACCUCCUUCUCCGCCGGGAGGAUGUCGGUCAAGGACAGCAAGCCGAGGCCCCUGUCGCGUAGCCUCGAGGCCGCCGCGCCAGGACAGAUGAACCUGUCGUUCCCCAAAGCCAUGCGGUGGUGGAAGAAGGGGCUGCACCCCAACAUGCGCGAGGUCGAGUCCGCGCAGGACCUGGCCGACUCGCUGCUCAGCGCCGGCGACAAGCUCGUGGUCGUCGACUUCUUCUCCCCAGGCUGCGGCGGCUGCCGCGCCCUCCACCCCAAGAUCGCCCAGUUCGCCGAGAAGAACCCGGGCGUGCAGUUCUUGCAGGUGAACUACGAGACGCACAAGUCCAUGUGCUACAGCCUCCGCGUCCACGUCCUCCCUUUCUUCAGGUUCUACCGGGGAGCCGAGGGCCGGGUCAGCAGCUUCAGCUGCACCAACGCAACGAUCAACAAGUUCAAGGACGCGCUCGCCAAGCACGGGGCUGAGAGGUGUAGCCUCGGGCCUGCGCGGGGGCUGGACGAGUCGGAGCUCAUGGCCUUGGCUGAGAACAGGGACCUGCACUUCACCUACGACAAGCCGGGCGGCCUCGUCCCCCUCGCCGAAGCUAUUGCCAAGGAGGCUGCCGCACCGGGAGGCCCGUGGCUUCCUCUGCCUGCGUCCCUGCUCGGCCAGGGAUCCGACAACUCAUUGCUGCCCUCUGGAAGAUAGACCGUGCUCCGUGCUCGGUUGGUGUCAUUCAUUGGAGGUGGCUCCUCCGUCUUGUACAGAUUUGAUUCGUUCGUAGUGGUCUGAUGAUGCUGGAGUGACAGAAAUAUUCAGAUGCGGGAUGCGCAGGCUUUAAGCUUUUAGUUUGUAAAGUCUGACUAUUGCGCCUGUAUUGUUGCAUCUAGACCUUUGCUGAAACAUGAAAAAUCCAUUGCUUGG